AUGUUUGCUCACGGAAUGAAGGAGUCGAACCAGGAAGUGAUCGAGCUCAAAGAUGAAAGCAUUUCAGCAGCUUCUUUGAAGAUCGUCCUGGAUUCCAUCUACGGUGAAGAUCUUCAAGUCAACGAUGAAAACGUAUUUGAAGUUCUUGUCGCUGCCGAUCACCUCCAAGUUACAAGUGUUGUUCAACAGUGUUGUGAUUACCUGCAAACCCAGUUUGUUCAGCUUCGAUUUGAUGUGCAGACAUAUUGUCAGAUCUGCACCAUUGCAAAUCGGCACGGACUGAUAGCCCUACAAGAAGCUGCACAAAGCAAAAUGGCGUCAAUGUACAAGGAAGUUUGUGAAAGUGAAGAAUUCUUGUCUCAUAUUGACGCCGAUCAGUUCUCGAAUCUUCUUAGUCGAGAUGACCUCAGUGCUCCUUCAGAGACAUUCGUAUUCAAAUCUGUGAUGCAGUGGGUCAAGUACAAGAAAGAAGAGAGAAUGGCAGUCGCUGCUAAAGUUAUAGGUUCGGUUCGCCUGGGACUGGUGAACAUCAGGGAGGUGAUCAAAGAGCUAAAUUCAGAAGAAAUGAAGCAAGUACGAGAGAUUCACACGCUUCUUCACGAAUCACUCUUGUACAGCUACAUUCCGUCAAGUUCUGCAUUUGGCGAAGAAAAAGGAAGAAUGCGUUCAUCGGGCUCAGUAAGAAUUUAUACAUGUAUUUGCUGAUUUGUGUCCUACUAAUGAGAAUAGGUAAAUUUUAAUCGAGGAAGUUCAAUUUUCAGUUCAAUAGCGCGAAUGCUUCUCAAUAUUAUACAACAAUCCCCCUGAAGGGGAGGUGAAUACCUAGCGCUAUUCACCGACCCUGAGGGGGAAAGUCGUUUUAGUAUUUACCAAAUUAGUUGGAUAAAAAUGAAAAAAGUAACUUUUUGUAAAUUAAAAGCGCCACUUAGUAGGAACUUUGUUUACAAUUCUCUAACGUUUGGGGGAUUUUGUCAAGUGCAUUGUUGCGAUUUCGGUGCAAAUUCAGCAUGAAAAUCAUGUUCUGCCUACCAGUAAGCACUGACAAGCCAAAGUUCGUCGCUUUUUUGGUAUUUGUCUGUAUGACUGCUUCAUUUAUCGCUCAAAUUUCGUCUUUCGAAAAUGUCUCGAAACGAGACGCCAUCUUGACUCCGGUCGCAAAACAGUGAAUAGCCAAGGAUAUUCCAAGUUACCUGAGCCAAUCAAAACGCGCGAAGAUUGCUGUUCACUGAUUUGGUAAAUAAUAAUUUGCAUUAUUGCACGCGACAUCAAUAAUACAUAUGUAGGCAUUCACGAACCCUCGGCUUUACAGGCUGGUUGAAGCACGAGAUUUAUUAAUAUUUUAAGUUUUCCUUGCUUAAACCUUUAAUGCUUUGUUUUAGUUUCGCUGUUAUUGCUAUUCGUCCACUUCACUCUUAAACAAAACUGUACCAAGUUUGCACUGUUUUUAAUUGCAGGCCUUUGUUGCCGUGCUCCCCGGGACUCACAUGCAGUAUUUUGAUUUUAAUUCCAAAUCAUGGAAACCAUUGACCUCCUUAGCGCCAGCAGCUGAUAUAGCAUCCGUCUCUUGUGCAGAGACCGUUGGCAGCAAAAUUUUUGUUGCUAUAUUCAUUGAGGAUAAGUGUAAUGGCCACAUUUAUUGCUAUGAUUUAGAGAAAAACAUAUGGGAAAAACACUCACAGUCUAAUGGAGAAUUAAGCCACCUGUGUACUGUAGGAGACUACAUGUAUGCCUUUAAUUCUAAUUGCACUAAGAUUCCUCAGAGGUAUAGCUUUUCUGAACGACAGUGGCAAAGUAUUGCAAAAGUAACUGUGCCAAUUAGGGGAGUUACUUGUUAUAAUAGUGGGACAGCUGUACUCCAUUCCAAGGUGUUUGUGCUUUAUGGGAAAGGAUUUUAUAAUUCCCGUCGUGAGUGGGAUGUGCAGAAUGCAAUGCUGCAUUGUUUUGACCCGGCAAAGAAUAUGUGGGAAGAAAAAGCAUUAACCUGCCAUCCUCAUUUUGGGUCCAGUCUUUUUGUAGUGAAUGGUAAACUAUAUGUAGCAGGGGGUAAGGUG